ACUGAGUGACUACCAAGCCCACACUGAGUGACUACCAAGCCCACAGUGAGUGACUACCAAGCCCACACUGAGUGACUACCAAGCCCACACUGAGUGACUACCAAGCCCACAGUGAGUGACUACCAAGCCCACACUGAGUGACUAGCAAGGCCACAGUGAGUGACUAGCAAGGCCACAGUGAGUGACUACCAAGCCCACACUGAGUGACUACCAAGCCCACACUGAGUGACUACCAAGCCCACACUGAGUGACUACCAAGCCCACACUGAGUGACUACCAAGCCCACAGUGAGUGACUACCAAGCCCACACUGAGUGACUACCAAGCCCACACUGAGUGACUACCAAGCCCACAGUGAGUGACUAGCAAGGCCACAGUGAGUGACUACCAAGCCCACACUGAGUGACUACCAAGCCCACAGUGAGUGACUAGCAAGGCCACAGUGAGUGACUACCGAGCCCACACUGAGUGACUACCAAGCCCACACUGAGUGACUACCAAGCCCACACUGAGUGACUACCAAGCCCACAGUGAGUGACUAGCAAGGCCACAGUGAGUGACUACCAAGCCCACAGUGAGUGACUAGCAAGGCCACAGUGAGUGACUACCAAGCCCACAGUGAGUGACUACCAAGCCCACAGUGAGUGACUAGCAAGGCCACAGUGAGUGACUACCAAGCCCACAGUGAGUGACUACCAAGCCCACACUGAGUGACUACCAAGCCCACAGUGAGUGACUACCAAGCCCACACUGAGUGACUACCAAGCCCACAGUGAGUGACUACCAAGCCCACACUGAGUGACUACCAAGCCCACAGUGAGUGACUAGCAAGGCCACAGUGAGUGACUACCAAGCCCACACUGAGUGACUACCAAGCCCACAGUGAGUGACUACCAAGCCCACACUGAGUGACUACCAAGCCCACAGUGAGUGACUAGCAAGGCCACAGUGAGUGACUACCACCUCCUGGUGUUUUGAUAGUUAAACAUGAGGUGUGUCCUGAGUCGAGGUUCUAUAUUGGCUCCAUGUCAACAAAUAAAUCUCACCUUGCAUGUCAAAUGUGUGAUAAGCUGCACAACAAACACAGUCCGUCUUGACUUAGUGACUGGACUUAGUGACUUGACUUAGUGACUGGACUUAGUGACGACUUAGUGACUUGACUUAGUGACUGGACUUAGUGAUGACUUAGUGACUGGACUUAGUGACUUGACUUAGUGACUGGACUUAGUGACGACUUAGUGACUUGACUUAGUGACUGGACUUAGUGACUGGACUUAGUGACUUGACUUAGUGACUGGACUUAGUGACUGGACUUAGUGACUGGACUUAGUGACUUGACUUAGUGACUGGACUUAGUGACUGGACUUAGUGACUUGACUUAGUGACUGGACUUAGUGACUGGACAGCCAGUUGACUUGUAAAUGUCGUCAUAAGCACACAUUCUUGUAUUUUAGUGAAGUCAUUUACAGAAGGUAAACAUGCUAGGCUAUAGGCAACUAGGAGCCAGCAGCUACACAACAGCUAAGCACACAAGCUAGUCAUUAGUAGUAAUUGAAGAAUAUUGCAGUGUAAAACACAACAAUAUAAACACAGUUGCCUAUUGCUUAAAGUAUUCAGUAACAAAUGUGUCCGCAUCAUUCAAUUUACAACAUUGUGACCUUAACUUAUUUUAGCCACUAGGUGUCGCCAAAAAAAACAAUUACCACUCUAGGUCAACUUAAAGACUGCGUAAGUCUAUUCCAGACUGUUAAUAAUGAAUAGGUUAGUGAUGAUGAGUACAAAGUGUGACAAACCUGCUGAGUGAGGUUCAAACAGGAAGGACUGCUGACUGCGUGUUGUGUUGGUGGAUAUAUAUAUAUAUGUAUAU